UAUCAACGCUCGUAACGCAUACAACUGCGUUAACGCAAUAACGCAACGCAGAACGCAGCGCUAUUUUCGAUAUGGAUAAUAUGUGUAUAUUUUAUAGGUAUAAAAUAAAAAUGGAAAGAAAAGGAAUACCUAGCUAAAAGUUAGUGAUCAAGUGGUUAUUUUACUAGUAGGAUAAAUCGUAAUGUAUAUGAUACUUAUAAUACAUGUACCUACCUCUAUUUAACACAACACACCAGAGGAUAUAUCCUACUUCUUUAACAUGUCUUUAACCUUGUUAUUUUUCAUUCAACACCAUAGAAAAAUAAAAAGUUCAACACUACCUAUGUUGCUAUUUCCUUGAUGUGGGACCAUAGAUAAAUAAAUAAAAAGUGUAGAACAAUGGACAAUGUAUCCAGCAAGUAACUAUGAAGAUGAAGGAAAGUAAGGGUUUUUAUUUCGAGAUAUUGGGGUGCCAAGCAAUUAAAUAAAACCAUAGAAUAUUUGAAAGGAUGGAUGCCAAACAAGAACCUUUCGAUCCGCAUGUUGAUACAAUAAAUCAAGAAAUAAUUGAAUUUGAAGAUACUAAGAGUGAACAAUGCUCGCAUUUACUUAUAAAAAUGAAUGAAUGUUCAGAUUUGCCGAUUAAAAUUGAACAGUAUUCAGAGUUGCCAAUAAAAAUUGAUCAUCCUCAUUAUGUGCACGAAUAUGAAUACUUGCAAAAUUUCCCUAUAAAUAUUAAAGAGGAAAGUAACGGCAGUGAUGUUAAAGUAACUGACUUGUACACGUGCGUCAGUGAUAUCAAGCAAGAAGUUUAUGAAUUUGUGCAGCCUAAAACUGAACUUUUGACUUUGAAUACUCAUUGUGAUUUACCGACUUUAAAAAAUGAAUAUAUUGAUCUUCCAUGCUAUUUGGAUCAGCCAAUUCAGACAAGCAACAAUAAAUAUGAUAGAGGGUUAAAAGGUACUACCACACAUGUAUCUAAGAAGAGAAAGGGGAGGUAUCCUUGCCCUCUUUGUAAAAAAAAUUGUUUUUCUUCUAUAUCAAGAAUAAAUCACAUUUAUGGACAUUUUAGGAAACGCUCUACAAUUCCUUCCAAGUCUUCUGGGAAAAAAUUCAUCAACGCUCAAUUUAGAAGAUGUUACGAAACUUGUUACUAUUGUGGCCAAUUUUUUUUUAGCAUGUCUCAGUUUAUGUCCCAUUUUGUUGUUAUACAUUGUGUUAAGAAAGUCACAAAAAUUUGUCAGAGAACUUUUGGACGAACCAAUUAUUGUAGGUGUAAAAAUUGUUUUCAUUAUAUGAUGUUCAGACAUCAGCCUACAGCAAAUAUUACACGUCAACCUAUUAAUAAGCUAUUCCAGUGUGAAUAUUGUCCUAAAACGUUCCCAAUCAAAAGAAAUUUAAGUAAUCAUUUGAAAAUACACACUAGAGAAAAACCGUUAAAGUCUGAAAAAUGUUCGCAGCAGUUAAGCCAUAAUAGCAAUUUGGUAACGCAUUUAAGAAUUUACCCUGAAGAAAAACAGUUCACUAGUGAAAUAUAUCCGAAACAGUUUAACCAUUAUGACACUUUGAAAACGUACACUGGAAAUAAACCGUUUAAAUGUGAAAUAUGUUCCAAACAGUUUGGUCAUAAAUCUAAUUUGAGGACACACUUAAAAAUUCACACUGGCGAAAAACCAUUUAAAUGUGAAAUAUGUUCGAAACAAUUUAUCUGUAAAACCAAUUUAGAUGCACACUUAAAAAUUCACUCAGGAGAAAGACCAUUCAAGUGUGAACUAUGUACAAAACAAUUUAGGCAAAAAUGCACUUUGGAAGUACACAUAAAAACUCACACUGGAGAAAAACCGUUUAAAUGUGAAAUAUGUUCCAAACAGUUUGGUCUUAAAUCCAAUUUGACAAUACACUUAAGAACUCACACUGGGGAAAAACCGUACAAGUGUAAAAUAUGUUCAAAAAGCAUUAGCCGUAAAAGGGGUUUAGAAGAGCAUUUAAAAAUUCACACAGGAGAAAAACCGUUUGAGUGUGAAAUGUGUUUAAAACAGUUUAGACAGAAAAGCAGUUUGGAAAUACACUUAAGAACUCACACGAGAGAAAAACCGUUCAAAUGUGAAAUAUGUGCGUUAUCAUUUAGUAAUAAAUCAAAUUUGAACGCCCACUUAAAAAUUCACACUGCAGAAAAACCAUUCAAGUGUGAAAUCUGCUUAAGACAGUUUAGACAGAAAAGCAGUUUGGAAAGGCACUUAAGAAUUCACACUGAAAGAAAACCGUUCAAGUGUGAAAUAUGUUUGAAACUGUUUAAUUAUUACGGCUCUUUGAAAACGCACUCAAGAAUUCACACUGCAGACAAACCAUUUAAAUGUGAAAUAUGUUCCAAACACUUCCGUCAUAAAAGCAGUUUAAAAGCGCACUUAAAUUAUCACACAGUAGAAAAACCAUUUAAGUGUGAAAUAUGUUCGAAACAAUUUAACUCUAAAUCCAAUUUUAAAACGCAUUUAAAAAUUCACUCUGGAGACAAACCCUUCAAGUGUGAAAUAUGUUCCAAACAGUUCACACGUAAAGGUACUUUGGAAUCGCACUCAAGAAUUCACACUGGACAAAAACCGUUCAAGUGUGAAAUUUGUUCUAAACAGUUUAACCAUUAUCACACUUUGAAAACUCAUUUAAGAAUCCACACUGGAGAAAAACCGUUCAAAUGUGAAAUAUGUUCGAUACAAUUUAGAAAUAAAUCCAAUUUAAGAAAACACUUUAAAAUUCACACUGUGGAUAAACCGAAAUAGAAAAUACGUUGAAAAAUAAUAAUAAUAAGUGGUAAAAGCUAUUUAAUAAUAAUACAUAAUAAAUACUUUAUUACGCUCCAAAGCUAUUACAUUACCAAUAAAAACUCUCAGGCCGGAUAUUUUGGAAAUAAAUAGAUAUAUUUUAUUUCUAUAAAAGCCAAUUUGCAUAGCACUAAGGGCCAAUUUCAUAAUCGAACCCUAAAGGCGGAUUUAAACAAAGGAAGCUUCUAUUUAAAGUUUACUUUAAAUCAUCCUUUAAAAAUGUCAUUUCAUAACGUUUUUCCUAAUUUACUUUUACUAAAACGUUAACAAAAUUUUACCAUGUUGAUAUUGCUGAUCUGUGUUUAGUUCUAACAUUUACCGGAAUAUUCGCCACUAAAAUGUUAAUUUUUCUAUGAAAUAUUUUGUUCGGGUUUUUUCAAAGUAGGUGAAAAAGAAAUUGAACGAUUUGAAAUUUAAUUAUUCUAGGAAUUAAUACCUGCAGUGUAGGACACCGGAAGCAGGGUUUAAUGCUAUGGGUAGUGGCGUAGCCACGGGGGGUUUUGGGUGUCAGAACCCCCAUGGAACUCCUUCGCGUCGCCGUUUCCGUCAUCGUAUUGGCGCUGAUUGCUAUUAACGGUUUGUUUUUAUUCACUUUUUUAUCGUUUUAUACAAAAUUAUUUGUUUUUAUUUACUUUUUUAGUAAAAAUAAUUUAAUCUGAAAAAUUUCACUUUGUUGAUAGAAACCCCCCCUCAAACCCCUCCCAUGAAAAUAUUCUGGCUACGCCACUGGUUAUGAGUAAUCCUAUUAUCUAUUCUAAGAACCCUUUUAUCGAAAGUACGAACCGUAGAGUACCUAUAUCUAAUUAAAAAUCAAUUAAAAAUCAUUGCCUUUAAUCCAUUUUACAUUUUAGUUUGGGAUUUCCGAUAUUUUAGUGUCCUAUGGUGAAAAGGAUUUCUCUGUAAAAAUUAAAAGUUUAAUUCUUUUGGUUGGUUCUUCGGAUUUUAGGUGCUAGUAGAAACCUCUUUACAUGUUAUUUUAAUGAAACUCAUUUAUUAUUGAAAGCUUUCGGCACUUUAUUAUUCAUUAGUUAAAUUAUUUUUUUUAAAUAUGUAUUAUCUUG